ACACUCUCUGUAGGUAGAUCUCUGCAUGGUAGCUGCCUAGCUAAAACCUCCUCUAAUUUCCUAGCUCGAUUCUACUAAUCGGAAGAUACUGUUCGCUGAUGAUGGAGAAGGUGGUCGUUGCUCGCCGGGGAGGGGAGGCCGACGGUGCAGCCUCCAACAUCCCGACGGUGCUGGUGGCGCUGGGCCUCGUCACAGCCUCACUGACCAUCAACCUGAUUGCCGCUGCGUACGACCCGCCGCUGGGCUUCGGUGACACCACCUACUACCACCUCGCCCUUGCAGGUUCCUUCCUCGCCGGAAUGGUCCAGAUGAGCGCCGCCGUCUGGGUCGCCGACGACCCACGCGGCCGCCACGACGCCGGCAAGAAGGUCGUCUACGCCUCCAUCGCGCCCCUCGUCGUCGCCGUCGGUCUCACUGGAGCUGCUCUGCUCUGAUACGGUGAUUCCACCUAGGUUUACCAACACCGACAUAGCCGCUGCCCGCCUCAGCUUCUCCAUGGAUCGGAGGGAGUGUAUCUUCUAUCUUACUUGUUUGAGUCGUGUGACGAUGCUGCUUGCUGUUUGGUUCAUCGUGUUCUUAUGUAUCACUAUCACCUCGAUACCUCCUCGCCUAAUCUGAUCACGUCGUUCUGUCUCUGCCUCCUGCUGCUGUUCUUUUAGUUGAUUAAUGCCU